AUGGGACACAAGACGCGCAAGGGCGUCCUCUACGUGACCUCCUUCUUCGUUCCUCCGCUGGCGGUGUAUCUGAGACGCGGAACCAACGCGGAUUUUGGGCUGAACGUUCUGUUGACCCUUCUGGGCUGGAUCCCAGGUGUACUCCACGCCAUGUAUCUCGUCUCAAAGUAG